UUUUUUUUUACUCUUUUUCCUUCAAUUAGCACAACCCCCGCGUGCCUACCCAGGGUCCGGGAACAUCCAAACGCAAAUGUGAGGCAUCGCGUCCCGGCAACGAGGCAUAUGUCCAACUGGAGAACAGUUGUUGAACGUGCGAGCGGACUCGACUUUGAUUCGGCAUCCCGAGACCUUGCCCAGCUGCGCGAGGCUCUUGACCGGAUGAAUUCCCUGAUGUCGACGGCGACUCCCUCUCCACAACAUGGCUUCGAGAAGCGGGUCGCCGAACUCAAGGCCCCGAAGAAGGACAUCAAUGCUCUCAUUCUCGACUACUUGACGAUGGAAGGGUACCCAAAAGCGGCUGCCAAGUUUUGUAAGGAGGCGAACUUGCAGGCGCAACAGCCGCACGCUUCCAUUCAACAACGGCAAGAAAUCCAACAUGCCAUCCACAGCGGCAACAUCGAGACCGCGAUAUCGGCGCUGAACGAGCUUGAUCCAGAGGUGCUCGACACGAACCCGGAGCUGCACUUUUCACUACUCCGGCUACAGCUUGUCGAGUUAAUCCGGCAGUGCGAGGGUGGGGACGUCACCCCAGCGCUGGAAUUCGCGUCCAAGAAGCUGGCUCCGCGGGCAGCGAGCAACCGUGACUUUCUAAACGACCUUGAGCAGACCAUGUCGUUGAUCAUCUUUUCGCACGACAACCUCAAGCCGGAGCUCAGGGCGUUGCUGAGCUCGGAUCUCCGGCGGACGACGGCAGCCAAGGUCAAUGAGGCGGUGCUGCUGCGGCAGAACCAGCGUAGGGAGGCUGCUAUACGCCAGCUGGUGCGCAUGCGCGCCUGGGCCGAGACGUCGGUGCGCGGCAAGAAGAAGGACCUGCCUGAGUCGAUUGAACUCGGCCUGAAUGCUGACGGCGCCGAGUACGGUGAGAGUGGCCACGAGCCGAUGAUUACGACAUGAGUGGAUGAGGCUUAUUGUGAUGGUGCUUGGGAGAUCAGGUUAUGGUCUGUAGUUGGGCGUUUGGGAACGGCACCGCUGGUGGGACUGGGAGAUGGUCACUGCCGGAGGAUGGGUAUGGAGAUAUCAUUAUGGCGUUAGCGUGACAGUCUUGUUGGUUAUGAUGAUCGGGAAUGGAUACUUACAGUGAUUGGCCGCGUGGCCGUCGCAUGAGAGGAUUGCUGGCGCUGUAUCCACUUACGCAAAUAGAAUGGAAAUGCCGUGAGUUCUAUCAAUAAAGCCCGACUUCUUGA